AUGGCCGAGGUCGUCCAGAAGGUGCUCGAUGUGCUGCUCAGAAGCGAAUCGCCAUAUCUUCUGUUUUUCCUUGCCAUUUUUUUGCCGGGUACAUGUAUCUGUGCCUGGCGAUGGAUUCAUCAACGCAAGCCUUCGCCAAUAGCAAGAUCAGAUCACAAGAAAUCCGGUAUCAAAAACGAGGUACCGGUUAUCACACCUCUGAGAGACUUCAGCUGGCAGACAACCGAACCGCUGCAACUACGCCCGUUCCGAGGAAAGGAGAAGUAUAACCUGACUAUGGCUAUUGAGAACCUGGACCCAUCAGAGCUGAUCCAGAUGGAUAACACAUACGAGGAUCGCAUAAAGAAACGCAAAUCCAUCCUGGAUAAACACCACGAUAUUGUUGUCGCAACAAACGAGAAAUCAUCUAAAGACAUACGCAUUCGCACGGCAGUCAGCGAGCUCUAUACCUUCGUUCUUGGUACAUAUCUGCCAACGCGCUAUCCCGGCAUGUUCAGGAUAAGCCACGGCGCAGGGAAUCCGUCAAAAACCUUUGAGAAUUUUGUCACCGGCGCAAAAUGGCCAACUCGACUUGCAGAGCGCACACCCACAAUCCAAGCACUUGAAAUUCUCACACAGACAGUCGACGAAGAAUUCUUUAUUCUUCUUCCUGACCUCUCAGCACCGGUGGAUAACCCGAAAUAUAUCCUUCAAGCUUACGCGACUUGUUUCCCGUCUGGCUUCAACACAAGCGAAAAGCUCGGUCUUCGACUGGCAGAUAUUCAUGGUCCCGUGCCUGGCUACGCAGACAAGCUUGAGCGCAGUAUGGAUCGAUUCUUCGCGAAGAUCGAUGUCGGGAAGUUCGUCAAGAGAGUGAACUGGGGCGUGACAACUGAGACGGAUCUAUUUGCUGCUUUCGGAUCUAUGUAUGCUUCUCAAAAUUCAGACCCGCAGACGGAGCAAGUUAUCAGUCCCGAGAAUUUGAAAGUGGAUCAGACGGUUCUACGGUGCGAGCGCCAGACUCUACAUAGACUGCCUCAAUCUAGGGCUCUUGUUUUUGCUUUCCACACAUAUACAUAUCCUUUGCAGCAGAUCAAAGAUGAAGGAAUGGGAGAAGAACUGGCCACAGCGAUUGAAGGGCUGAAGAAAGGCAACAUCCCAAAUAUCUAUGCUUAUAAGAGGGGUGAUAUCUGGGGGCAAGCUGUGACACAGUUUCUCAAAUCUUAA